AUGAAAAAGAUACUCCAGCCAAAUCGGUUGAUAAGGGAGCUUCAAGCUCUGAUGCAGGAGGAAGAUAUGUUAAAUAUUGUUCUGCAUCAUUUGGUUGGAGUCAUGGAUUCCUUCUGUAAAAGAAGGGAACAGAGACAUAAACAAGAAGCAAGAAGCGCAGAGACAAACCAAGAACAAUUCAAAUCGGCCAUCGCAGAGGCAGCUCGUCCCUUCUUAAUGGCGAGAACACACCGUUUUGUGGAGGCUUACGACUCAAUAUAUCAGCAGCGAUUAGGCUGGAGCAACAGCCGAAGAGGAAUCGGUGCAGCUAAUGAAGCAAGAGAAGAAGAAGAGAACAUAAGAACAAGAGUGACUCCUUACUUGUUUUAUUUGAGGAAGACUCAGACUGAUGCACAUACUCAUCACUUAGUUGGUAUGCUUGAUAAAUUCUUCCAUGGCCUUGUGGAACUUCAGCUACGCGUGUCAUUCCAGCUGACUGCUGAAAACCAGCAUCUGUGUAAACUACUUGAUGUUGGCGCUGCAAAAUACUUUCCGAAGAAUUUUCCAUAUACAUUUGUAUUUCAGAGGUCGAGCAUAUCUUUCUCCAUAAAGCUUCUGCAAAGAAGUCUGGCCUUCUUGGCUUGGUUGACAAGGUCUGCAAACUCUCUGGAAAAAUACGAGAUUGAGAUUGAGAUUGAGCUUACUAUUGAAGAUUUUUCUAUGGAGAACUCUUUACUAGAAGACCUACCAGAACGUCCAGAGAAGGCAAAAGCUGGAAUAUCUCACACCUGA